AAGAGGCAGAGGAAAUGUGACAAGGAGCAAGAGAAGAAACAGGAAGCAAUAUGAGAAGAAGAAAGAUCAAAACUAGUGAAAACCAAGACGGAGAGAGCUAGUGAGGACUAACACACACAGAGAGGAAGAUGGCAAAGGACAGGAAACAGUAGGAUAUCAGCAAGAAUCUGCUAAAGAAGAGAGAAAGGGAAGCAAGAGACAGAAACACAGCUGAAAAAAGGAGUAAGGGUAACAUUGAAUUGUAGAUUAAGGGAGUCUCACUCCUCCCCCUUUCCCUCCCUCUCUUAUUUAUCUCCUGUGAAGCCACACCUCCCUCCUUUCACUUGUCAGUGCAUCUAUAACAGUGAGCUGUCUGCACUGGGCUGUGUGGGGGUGAGACGAGCUCCUCACUCUGCCAGCACAGGGGACCCGAUCUGAACGGAUCGGACAGUACUGGAUGUUAACAGACUGCCCAGAACAGAACUCGGGAGCCGAAAGUGGGAGAGGAGAACAACCGAGACAGCUUGUUUAGAAAGGACGGUUGAGUGAGGGAUCUGCAGACUCCAGUGUGUGAAAAGAGGGACUGGACAGGUGACUGCAGGGUAGCGUAAUGGCAGGGUGGGGGCUCUCAGCCCCUCUCCCUCUUCUUCUAUUCCUUCUUUUCCUGGUGGAAGUGCUUCCUGUGACCCAGGGGGCUGGCUACCUGUCUGGAUAUCGCCUCAGGUCUCGCCUGCAGAAAGACCGCCACAUCCGCAACAUCCGACCCAACAUCAUCCUCAUCCUCACUGAUGAUCAAGACUUAGAAUUGGGGUCAAUGCAAGCUAUGAACAAAACUCGGCACAUCAUGGAGAAGGGUGGCACACAUUUCUCCAACGCCUUCUCCACUACACCCAUGUGCUGCCCCUCCCGCUCAUCCAUCCUGACAGGGAAGUAUGUGCACAAUCACCACACCUACACCAACAACGAGAACUGCUCUUCGCCCUCGUGGCAGGCCCACCAUGAGCCACACACCUUUGCUGUGCACCUCAACAACUCUGGCUAUAGGACAGCCUUUUUUGGAAAGUAUCUGAAUGAGUACAACGGCUCCUAUGUGCCCCCUGGCUGGAAGGAAUGGGUAGCCCUGGUGAAGAACUCGCGCUUCUACAACUACACACUCUGUAGGAACGGAGUACGAGAGAAACACGGCAGCAACUACCCAAAGGACUACUUGACAGACAUCAUUACCAAUGACAGCAUCAACUACUUCCGUAUGUCCAAAAGGAUGUACCCUCACCGUCCUGUCAUGAUGGUCCUGAGCCAUGUUGCUCCCCAUGGUCCGGAGGACUCAGCCCCGCAGUACAGCUCUGCCUUCCCCAACGCAUCACAGCACAUAACCCCUAGCUACAACUAUGCCCCUAACCCAGACAAGCACUGGAUCCUACGCUACACAGGACCUAUGAAGCCCAUCCACAUGCAGUUCACUAACAUGCUGCAGCGCAGGAGGAUGCAGACCCUGCUGUCUGUGGAUGACAGUGUGGAGAAGGUGUACAACAUGUUGGUGGAGACAGGGGAACUGGACAACACUUACCUCAUAUACACCUCAGACCAUGGGUACCAUAUUGGCCAGUUUGGUCUGGUCAAGGGCAAGUCAAUGCCUUAUGAGUUUGACAUUCGUGUUCCCUUCUAUGUACGAGGACCUAACGUGGAACAAGGGGCAAUUAAUCCUCAUAUAGUGCUGAACGUUGACUUGGCGCCGACUCUGCUGGACAUGGCUGGUGUUGAUAUCCCUGCAGAAAUGGAUGGCAAGUCUAUCCUGAAGCUGCUGGACACAGACCGACCUGUCAACAGGUUCCAGUUGAACAGGAAGGGUAAAACAUGGAGAGAUUCUUUUCUGGUGGAGAGAGGGAAGCCUCCGCACAAAAGAGCUGAUGGAAAGGAAAUGGCUCAGGAAGAGAACUUCCUGCCAAAAUACCAGCGAGUGAAGGACCUGUGCCAGAAAGAAGAGUACCAGACAUCCUGCCAACAGCCAGGACAGAAGUGGCAGUGUGUGGAGGACCCCACUGGCAAACUGAGGCUGUAUAAGUGCAAGGGCAUGGCCGGUCUCUAUGCCCCACGUAUGCAAGCUCUGAUGGCCAGUGGUGCCUCGCAUCUGUCUCUCACAUCCAACUCAAACAGCUGUAACUGUGGUGAUGUGGGCUUCAAAACUUCCAUCCUGAAGAGAAAGAGGCUGCUCACCAAGAAAAAUUCCUCUGUCUCAUCUUAUUCAGAGAUGAAAUCCAGUAAGACUGUCUCUAGGAAGCGCUGGGCUCGCUCUGUAUCAUUUGAGCUGGAUGGAGACCUGUAUGCUGUAGACCUGGAGGAUGGCUACCAGCCCCUGGGAUCCAGGAACAGCAGCUGGACUAGAGACAGGAGGAGAGGAGCAGGGAAUGAGGAGGACAAUGAUGAGUUCAGUGGCAUGGGACUCACAGCCAAGCCCACCACCAGCCACAGACUGACACCACCUGCUGCUCUUAAAGUCACCUACAGGUGCUCCAUUCUUAUGAAUGACACAGUAAAAUGUGAUGGAGGACUCUACAGGUCCCUUCAAGCCUGGAAAGACCACAAACUACACAUUGAGCAUGAGAUUGAAACCCUGCAAACCAAAAUCAAGAACCUGCGUGAGGUCAAAGGUCACCUUAAAAAGGUGCGGCCUGAAGAAUGCCAGUGCAACACUCCGAGUUAUCUUCUGAAGAAUAAAGAGUCUUUCAGGCUAAAUGCAGAGCGCAUGCACUCACUCAGAAUUUCAUCCAACAAGAAAAGUGAGUGGCUGCAGAAGGAGCAGAAGCGCAGAAAGAAGCUACGUAAGUUCCUCAAGCGGCUCCAGAACAAUGACACCUGCAGCAUGCCUGGCCUCACUUGCUUCACCCAUGACAACCAUCACUGGCAGACUGCCCCCUUCUGGACAAUGGGUCCAUUUUGUGCAUGCACCAGUGCCAACAACAAUACCUACUGGUGCCUCAGGACCAUCAACGAUACACACAACUUCCUGUUUUGUGAAUUUGCUACCGGUUUCCUGGAAUAUUUUGACCUGAACACUGACCCAUACCAGCUGAUAAAUUCUGUCAGCACCCUCGACCGUGAUGCGCUGAAUUCAGUGCAUCAGCAGCUCAUGGACUUACGGGGCUGCAAGGGACAUAAGCAAUGCAACCCAGAGAAGGGAGGGAAGGAACGAAACUACUUCAGUGAAUACAGACCAGUUCAUCGUCGAAAGAGGCCAAAAGUGAAGAAGCCUUCCUCCAAAUCGCUAGGGCAGAUUUGGGAAGGGUGGGUUGGUUAACCACCUGUAUCCCACAACCAUAGCCGUCUCCUCCGGUGAAGGAAGGAGAAGGGGGAGUGCAGGCAAACCCAAGGACCUUGACAGCACUUCGAAGAACCAUAACCUUAGACACCACUCUUCUCUGAUCUGGGUUUAAUUUUUGAGAGAGUUGUUCUUCAUUGCCCUCACCCAGGCAGAAGAGAUACAGAGACUGAGGGGAAGCUCAAAAACUCUCCAGUUGUUAAUUCUACCUUGACAUACAUAUCAUACUCAUGUACAUCUUCUGUUACCCUCAGCUGACAGGACUGUCAACAUGCACAAAAUGCUGUGAAUCAGGUGGGACAGUUUGGUGUCCACAAGCCAUCCAGUCUAACAGUACUGCUUGUAGAUAAUAUAUAUCAGCUUUAAUCAGCUUUCUUUAAUGUCAUAUUGGACAGGGUGGAAACUUGAUCAGUCACAUGUCAACUGUGCUCAUGAUGUCUCUGUGGCAUGUGUUAAAUCAUUAGUGCUUGGAAUAACAAUGACAUCUUUUCUUUCUCUGUGCCAACAUGUCUGCACAUUGAAGCGAUAUGGACUUUUAAAUAACCAACACUAACAAACUCUUUGCCAUAAUCUUUUGUAUUAUAGUUGAUCUUAACACUGGUGAAUGUCCUUCAUAGAGCAUCAUCUUCCUCAGAACUGUGAGGUGACUAGCGUUUGCCUGCCUUGAUCCAGUCUCUAUACAUCCACAUUUUGAACAUGCCCACACUAGCCACUGUCUCACAGUGAUACAAUCCAGACCUCCAGAAUAUUGGACCCUGGCAGAAUGUGUCAUUAGUGAAUGCAAUGCCAUAUUGUCAGUACCACAUUGUAUCCAAAUAGUUUGUUCAGCUUGCUAUACAUGGUGCUACAGAAUAACAAUACAGAAAUAAAGUCUUGCUGUACAGUACAGUAUGUAUUUGAAUGUAUGUUGUUCAAUUAAUAUGUUUAAAAUAUUUUUUAUAAUCUGAGGAGGGAGACCUCAUUGUCUCAGUUGACAACAUGAACUUAUAGGGAGACAUGUAGCUUGAGAAAUGUCAUUGCCCACAGUUUAUAUGGUUGUCUUUUCCUUAUUUACUAUGGGAAAGCACUGUGAAUAGAUGAUCAAUGUACAUUUAUUGCAUAUAUAGUUUACUCUAUAUCAGAGGAACAACAACAGUGUAAUACGUAUUGAUGUGAAUUUUAGCUACCUGCUUUUGUUAACUUGUUUGAUUUUUUUUUAGCAAAUAUUUCCCUAGACCUCAUUGCUGAUAGUAAUUGUGAAUAAAGAGCUGUUUGAACCAGAAA